UCCGGCCGCGUCGAGUGACGAUUCAUUUAGCUAAUUAGCUUGAACCAAGACUAAGAAGAAGACGACAGGAGCAGAAUCUCAAGCGUCAGCGCCAUUCAAUCCCAGAUUAUUGAGUCCUUUUCUUAAUCUUCAGGACGAAACACAGUCUGUCACUAUGCCUGUAACCAAAGAUGAAUAUGGACGUACCAGCGAUGGUGAAGUGAUUGACCAGUAUACCAUCACUAACAAGGGAGGAAUGAAAGCAAAAUUUAUUGACUAUGGUGCUUCGCUCAUUGAGCUCUGGGUUCCUGAUCAACAAGGCAAUGCAGUUGAUGUCGUUCUUGGUUGGCCUGAUUUGAAAGGUUAUGAGAAUAAUUCCUUCUACUUUGCAUCUGUUGUUGGAAGGGUAGCUAACCGGAUCGCUAAGGGGUCAUUCAGUAUUGAUGGUGUCAAAUAUCAGCUUAAUAUCAACAAUGGUCCAAAUACUAACCAUGGUGGUAUCAAAUCAUUUCAUCUGAAAGUAUGGAAGGGUUGUAUUGAAGGAGAUGACAAGGUGACCUUCACCUAUGUUAGUCCUGAUGGUGAGGAAGGUUUCCCAGGAGAAGUAACUGCUUCAGUAACCUAUCAACUGACGGAUGAUAACAGACUCGUCAUCUCAUUUGUUGCCACAACAACUAAAGCCACUCCUAUCAAUCUCUGUAACCAUUCAUACUUCAACCUAGCAGGCCAUAAAACUGGAAGUAUAAUAGAUCAUCUAAUACAGAUCAAUGCUGAGGACUAUACACCAUUAGAUGAUACUAGUGUACCAACUGGAGAGAUAGUAGCAGUAAAGGAUACUGUAUUUGAUCUAAGAGAACCAGUAAAGAUUGGUGAUAGGAUCUAUGAUGUACCAGGACUUGGCUUUGAUCAUAACUUCUGUAUUCAGUCAUCAUUAGAAGCACCUUGUGCUAGAGUAAGCCAUCCAGGGAGUGGUCGAUGCAUGGAGAUGUUUACCACUAAACCCGGUAUUCAGUUCUACUCUGCCAAUUACCUAGAUGAUACAUGUAAAGGUAAAGAAGGAUUUACCUAUGCUAAACAUGGCGGUUUCUGCUUAGAAUCACAGUACUAUCCCAACUCAGUCAACCAGCCUAACUUCUCUAAGAGUGUACUUCGACCUGGAGAGCAAUACAACCACACCACUGUCUACAAGUUUGCUUGGUAACAUUUAUUACAGUUGGAGAUUGAUCCAUAAUUUCUUUGAUUAAAUGGUGUUAUGUGAUUUUUUUAUACACAAUAGCCCAUUUCAAUUUUUAAAUCCUUGUGUGCUUAAACAAUGGCUGAACAUAUCGAAAAUUUAGGCAGUUGUUCUUAUACUUUCAAUGCAAUCAUGAUUUUUAAUCAUGAUAUUGAACUGUGCAUUUUGUGCAGCAUUCUAAAAAGUUUGUAGUUAUUUUCAUUUUAUAGAUAAACUGCUAAAUGUCUUUAUAAAUCAUGAAAGUAUAAAAAUGUAUGAUUCAAUUCCAAAGAUAUGUACUGUAAUAUUGCAUCGACAUAGUUGUGUCAAAGAUCAGCUGAUGUCUUGACCAGCUUUGUAAUAAAGAACUAUGUGUAUUUCAGCUCCCCGUGGAAUAAAUACUGACUGAAAUGAAAAAAAGAUGGGGCAUACAAAAUAAUUGAUAAAUAAAUGGUAAUUGAGUAAAAAUGCAUGGUCUCUUAAGUGAGGAAACUGAAUAAAAUAUGUAUAAUGAAUAAUUGUAAAUAUCUAAAUCACUUUAAUAGUAUUAACAAACUCAAGUAAAUAAAAGGAAAUAAACCCUGGGUGUAUAACAAAAACCUAACUGCUUCCUUGAUUCUUUUCAAACAUAUAGACAAGGCAAUCUUACUUCGGUAUCUAUUAAUUGAUAUUACAUUGAUAAUAUUAUUUAGACUUCCAGCUUCUUUUGACCCUUUUGUCAAUAUGUUGGGUGUGGUUAAUUUAGAGGUGGGGGUAAUCUCUUAUAUUGAUAGAAAUAUUGUGGAUUUUGAUUAGUUUAUGAAUACCAUUUACUGCCAAUUGUUGUCUUUAUGUUAAUAAUGUAUUAAGUACUCACAUUAUAUUGUCUUACAAUUGUAAUUAAUGUGUGCAGGAAUAUGAAUGAGAUAAUGAUCUCGUAUUAAAACAAUAUAUUUUUCAAUUCUA